UCCUACUGCGGCUGGGCACCGGCUCGGCUCCUUCGUCUGCCCGCGCUCCAGCCGCGCUCGGCCCAGCCUCCGCCCGGCUCGGCCCCGGCCCCAGCCUCCGAGCGAAAGCGCCGCUGCCGCAGGGCCGCUCCCAGGGCCAUGAGGAGGCGGCGGCAGCCACUGCGGCCCGCGUCAAGGUGACCGGCCGGGACUGCGGUGGCGGCGGCGAGAGCGGCGGACUUCUCCAGAUAGGUUAUGUCACCGGCAGAGGCUGCCCUGAAGCUCCCUGUGGCCUGGAGACUAUGUACAAGAGGAAUGGUCUGAUGGCUAGCGUGUUGGUCACCUCCGCCACUCCACAGGGCAGCAGCAGCUCAGACUCUCUGGAGGGACAGAGCUGCGACUAUGCCAGCAAGAGCUACGAUGCUGUUGUCUUUGAUGUCUUGAAAGUGACUCCAGAGGAGUUUGCCAGCCAGAUUACAUUAAUGGACAUACCCGUGUUUAAAGCCAUCCAGCCGGAGGAACUAGCCAGCUGUGGAUGGAGUAAGAAGGAGAAACAUAGUCUCGCCCCCAACAUUGUGGCCUUUACGCGGAGGUUUAACCAGGUCAGUUUUUGGGUUGUACGAGAAAUUCUAACAGCACAGACUUUAAAAAUAAGGGCAGAAAUCCUGAGCCAUUUUGUGAAAAUAGCCAAGAAACUUCUAGAGCUCAACAACCUGCAUUCUCUCAUGUCUGUGGUAUCAGCAUUACAAAGUGCUCCCAUCUUCAGGCUGACAAAAACGUGGGCUCUUUUGAAUAGAAAAGACAAAACCACCUUUGAGAAAUUGGACUACCUGAUGUCUAAAGAAGAUAAUUAUAAGCGUACUCGGGAAUAUAUCCGAAGCCUGAAGAUGGUUCCCAGUAUUCCCUAUCUAGGGAUUUAUCUUCUGGAUUUAAUUUACAUUGAUUCUGCAUAUCCUGCCUCAGGCAGCAUUAUGGAAAAUGAACAAAGAUCCAAUCAGAUGAACAAUAUUCUCCGAAUAAUUGCUGAUUUACAAGUUUCCUGCAGCUACGAUCAUCUCACAACCCUGCCCCAUGUGCAGAAGUAUCUGAAGUCUGUACGCUACAUUGAAGAGCUCCAGAAGUUUGUGGAAGACGACAACUACAAACUGUCACUCAGAAUCGAACCAGGAAGCAGCUCUCCAAGACUAGUCUCUUCCAAGGAAGAUCUUGCAGGCCCCUCUGCUGGCUCCAGUUCUGCAAGGUUCAGCCGGAGACCCACCUGUCCUGAUGCAUCUGUUGCUGGCAGCCUCCCCACACCUCCAGUCCCCAGACACAGGAAGAGCCACAGCCUGGGCAACAAUAUGAUGUGUCAGUUGAGUGUAGUUGAGAGUAAGAGUGCGACAUUCCCAUCGGAGAAAGCGAGGCAUCUCCUGGACGACAGUGUCCUAGAGUCCCGCAGUCCCCGCAGGGGCCUCACCCUCACCUCCUCCUGUGCUGUCACCAACGGACUCUCCCUAGGCAGUAGUGAGAGCUCAGAGUUUAGUGAAGAGAUGUCUUCAGGGCUGGAAAGCAGGGGGCGUCUCUAUGCCACGCUGGGGCCAAACUGGCGGGUUCCAAUUCGGAAUUCUCCCAGAACCCGGAGCUGUGUCUACAGCCCCACUGGCCCAUGCAUCUGUACUCUGGGGAGCUCAGCAGCAGUGCCCACCAUGGAGGGGCCUCUGAGAAGGAAAACCCUGCUUAAGGAAGGCCGAAAGCCCGCGCUGUCCUCAUGGACCAGGUAUUGGGUCAUACUCUCAGGAUCCACUCUCCUGUACUAUGGAGCCAAGUCCUUGCGGGGCACAGACAGAAAACACUAUAAAUCCACACCUGGCAAAAAGGUCUCCAUCGUGGGCUGGAUGGUGCAGCUGCCUGACGACCCUGAGCACCCGGAUAUCUUCCAGCUGAAUAACCCUGACAAAGGCAAUGUUUACAAGUUUCAGACUGGUUCCCGAUUUCAUGCAAUACUGUGGCACAAGCAUUUGGAUGAUGCAUGUAAAAGCAACAGGCCUCAGGUACCUGCAAACCUUAUGUCAUUUGAGUAAGUGUCUGCAGGAUGUGGCAUGACUUCAGAGGCUUCUGGGAGCCUGGACUGGACCUGAUGGAAAAGAGCAGUCCUGGACACAGGCUGUGGGCCAGGGUGCUGGGAGACUCACAGCCUCACCGGGGACACAGCCUGCGGCCUCACAGUCCCAGAGGGCUCCACUGGUGCGGGAUCCACCUGUCCAUCCCCAGCGACUCUCAUGACACUCAUUCCACAGCACCACCUCAUGGGGCGGUGGUUGGACCCCAACUAUACACCCCGCUUUCCGUCUCUGGGCCCUUGUCCACCCACCAGCUGCUUCUGCAACCAGAGAGCAUUCAGCCCACGUUGGGUUCUCAGUGCUUUCUACUGCACAAAGAGUGGACAGCGUUCACCUGUGAGAGGGGCCUGAGAGAACGAACAGGCUGUGGGACAGGCUUUUUACACCCCAGGUGUGUGGGGUUGCUCGCCCACAGGGCUGCCUCAGAUUUUGUACAACCUCCGAAGCAUCCUCUGCAUAUGUGUGCCAUACAUAUGUGUGUGUGAGCAAGUGUGAACUCUUUGAGAAACAUGCAUUUUGGCACAAGGCUUGUGACAUCACACACUUCAUUUGCUUUGAGGCCCUGCUUUAACCUUAAGUUAUAGUCUUGUCUACCGAGGAAGGUCAGAGUGAGAGCCCAGAUUCCUCCUGUGUUAAGGGUCCCUUGCAUUCUUUUACUGUAAACAAACAAUGCCUUAAAUUGUGUCCUGUUUUCUGUUCCUAUGGGUGCUAUUCAUCUGGAAGGCCUGCUUCCUGGGUCCCUGGGUCCCUUCCAAGCCUUGUUGCUGUCAGCCCUUCUGAGAUAGGACCCGGCUUCACAACCGUGGACUGGGCCGCUGGCCAGCUUGCUUCCUCCUGUCCCUCUCCUGCAGGGCCUGAGGCCCUUCUUCUCACCCUAUCCCACCACAUGGGAAGUUGUGACAUUUUCUCCUGGCUUCCUCAGAAGCAGCUCAGGCGCCACUGUGCUCACAGUGAUCAGCUGCACAGAAGCCACUUGGCACCGACCUCUCCCCGCAGGGCAAGGCUUUGCUCAUGUCAUCUCUCACCCCUUUGCCUCCACUGCCAGGGCAGGGCCCAUUGGGAUUCCUGAUCAUGCCUGGGAGCUGAGUGACACUGAGGCCUUAAGCUCCCCCAGUAUUGCCACCAAAUGUAGUCACCAGCAAGUUCUCCAGCAUCCAAGUCCAAGGGCAUAAUUGUUGAUGAUCAUGUGACAAGAGAGCAAAGCCCUGGAGAGUGAAUGGUCCAACCUCUGCAUUCAGUUAAGAGCUCUUCACAUGAACGACGUCCUUUAUCUGUAACCUUUUGCCAUAUUUGAAAGUAACUUGUUUUGUAGAAAUACGUUUCUAUUGAAAAUAAUGAAUUGCUCUUUAUCACCAUAGUCAGUCUCUUUCUCUCUCUCUCCCGCUCCCUCCCUCCCUUUCUCCCUCCCUCUCCCUCUCCAUC